AGUCGGAAGGUGUAAAUAUAUGCUUGUGGGUAGAAAAAACUUGGUUUGAGCUUUUUCUGGUUGUCCGUUUCAGUUUUUGAUCUAUUUGUUCAGAACCUAACAUACUAUACCGUCAGGCCACUGCUGCACCUCAGCAGCCCACUCCUGAAGCACAGUGUCGUUGAUGUCCAGCUCUGCACUGAACCUCAGCAGCCCACUCCUGAAGCACAGCGUCGUUGAUGUCCAGCUCUGUCCACUUUUCUUCAAGGAGGCUGGUCUCCUCCUUCAGUCUUUUGACAUUCUGAAAAAAUACAAUUCAAUUAAGGAAUAACAUAGGUGAAGGGUCACAUUUUUGAAGUGAAUCACUAAAAAACAGAGAUGCUGUGAUCAUAGUGACAAGGAGGAACUACUAGAGAGGAGAAGGAGAAGGUGAGGGAGGGAGGAGGUCACCAUGAAAGGCCUGAGUGGCUCCAGAUGCUGCUUCUACAUGGGUUUCUUAGUGGGAACCCUCAGCCUGUACUUCCUGCGCCAGGUGUGGUUCGAGAUGAGCAUGGAGCCCCUUGUGCUGGGAGAGGGCCAGGACAGCUCAGUAGCAGCGUUGGCGAAGGAGAGACAGGCUAGAGACAGUAAUAACUGGAGGGUGGAAGGAGCAGCCCUCAUCAACCUCAACCACCUGCACCACACAGGUGAGGACAGUCGCAUGGCAGACGAGCUGUACCAGAAGGUGCGCAUCCUUUGCUGGGUGAUGACUGGUCCCAGUAACCUGCAGACCAAGGCCCGCCACGUAAAGGCUACCUGGAGCCGCCACUGCAACGUGGUGGUCUUCAUGAGCUCUGUCGACGACCCAGACUUCCCCACAGUGGGGCUCGGCACAGGGGAGGGCCGCGACCAGCUUUACUGGAAGACCAUCAGGGCCUUCCACUACGCCCUGGAGCAUCAUGGGAAUGAUGCCGACUGGUUCCUCAAGGCGGACGACGACACCUUCAUAGUGGUGGACAACCUCCGCUGGGUCCUGUCCAAUCACACGCCGGAGGAGCCCCUCUACUUCGGCAAGCGCUUCAAGCCCUACGCCAAGCAGGGUUACAUGAGUGGCGGAGCAGGAUAUGUGUUGAGUAAAGAAGCCCUCAGGAGGUUUGUGGAGGGGUUCAAGACCAAGGUGUGUACCCAUACCACCCCUGUGGAGGACUUGGCUCUGGGACAGUGUCUGGAGAAGAUGGGUGUUCUGGCUAUGGACUCGAGAGAUACGUUGCAACGGGAGACGUUUCAUCCGUUUGUUCCCGAGCAUCAUCUGACCGGGAAGUUCUCCAAGAGCUUCUGGUACUGGAGUUACUGCUACUACCCCAUCGUAGAGGGUCCCCAGUGCUGCUCAGACCUGGCAGUAUCCUUCCACUAUGUGGAUGCAGAGCUGAUGUACACACUAGAGUACUGGACCUACCAUCUCCGUGCCUACGGCUACAGACACCGCUACAGACCUCCACUACCCCAGGGCCUGGUGGAGCGGCUGGCCCAGACAGAGAGGCCUGCAGUGGGUACAGCUGGGAGAGGGAGAACCCCAGCUAGUAUUACUGUUGGUGCUGAUGGGGACCAGUCCAAAACAGAGUCUGGGGCAAAGCCUUUGUCAGACAAAGGUGGGAAGGAGACAUUGGGUAAAAUCCCCUUUGACAAUAACAGGACUGCAGUCACAUAGGAGAGACAAGGGUGAUUCUUACGCCCAGUUCCACCACAGUGCAAGUUUGAUUGAUUAUAGGUGAUUUUAUAUAGGUUUAAAAAAUCUUUAAGUGAGUCCAUAUAAUGUAAGUCAUUUAACUUGAAAGUUUUAACUGUUUUUAUUGAUAUCUGUUGCUAUUUAAUAGGAUAUUCUGUUUGAAUUGAAAUAGUAUGCAGUUACUUACCAUUCAUCCAUAUCCAGUACUAGACAGCUUAUUACAUUAUCCAUAUCCAGUACUAGACAGCUUAUUACAUUAUCUAUAUCAGUACUAGACAGCGUAUUACAUUAUCUAUAUCCAGUACUAGACAGCUUAUUACAUUAUCCAUAUCCAGUACUAGACAGCUUAUUACAUGAUCUAUAUCCAGUACUAGACAGCUUAUUACAUUAUCUAUAUCCAGUACUAGACAGCUUAUUACAUUAUCUAUAUCCAGUACUAGACAGCUUAUUACAUUAUCCAUAUCCAGUACUAGACAGCUUAUUACAUGAUCUAUAUCCAGUACUAGACAGCUUAUUACAUAACCCAAGCUGCGUUCAAAGGUCCAGACCUUGACAAUUCUGAUAGCAUGAUAUCAAGCAUUUCUGUUUCUUACAGUUGAUUUGGUAAAUCAUCAAUGCCACAACUAACAAUGCUUCUUUAUUCCAUUGCCUUAUUGACCGUCCACCACUAUUCAAUGCUAUAUUGUAUUGAACUUAUAGAGAGAUAUGAAGGGACCUUUUUAUGUCUGCACUGACCGAUGGUAAAGAUUCUUAAUUGGGUUGAAUCUUCGUCAGAAUCUGUUUUCAGUGUCAAGGCAAGCUGAUAGAGCACAUUUUUGACAUGGUAUUACAUUUCUCUGUGUUAUAGCUAAGUGUGAGUGUAUAUCAUGUCACAUAUUAUACCCAUAUGCAGGAUGGCAGCAUCUUUGUCAUUGCUUUGGUGGUGGAUUUCAAUUUUGUCCAAAUAUUGUGUCUUAAUUGUCAGUGUUGAUGAAAUGUGAUUGGCACAUAUUAUUAUUUAUUAUAAUUGUAAUCAUUUCUACAGAUGUAUCAUCUUAAUUUGAUCACCCUGUUGCAGGAGAAAGUGGAAAUGUAAAACUUGCAUUGUAUUUGAGGUUUAAAAAGGCU